AUGUCGGCUAGUCUCAUGACGGGCCAGGUCCGCAAUAGCUGGCGGCGCAGCAUCUACCUGUGGCUCACCACUUCCGCCCGUGACAGUCGCAACCGAACUGAUGAUGUCGGCACCCAUCUCCAGGCAUCGCGCAAAGAGCGAAACAAGGUGCAGAGAGUCAACGACUUGUUCCAUGCUUCUGGUAUGUGGCACUACCACCGUGACACUCUGGAGGGCAUCACUCUUCAAGGAAUGGGCAAGGGGCUUGCAUGGAGCUUCAUGAUUGUCCCUGCGUGUUUUGUGCUGACCUUCAUCGUCUGCAUAACCUUGUAUCGUAGAGGUGACCGGCGCGCACAGCAACAGCACGCGCAAGAGGAGUGGCAGCAUCACCUGCUGGAAGCGGCGCAGAAACGGGCGGCAGCCGACAAAGAACUGAAGUCGGCAUGCAAUCACGCUGUGGAGGUGAAGUCUGUACUUCGCUCCAUUCGGGAGGAACAGCACUGGGCUGCGCAGCUAGAGUCGAACAUGGCCAUCAUCAACGAAAAGCUUCAGUGCCACAUAGGCGAUGACGAGUCAACGCGGAAAGACGGGUGA